ACGCGCGCGCGCCCCGCCGGGAGGCGCGGUACAGGCUCAGGAGGUUGGACCCUUCUCGGCCACCGUCGCCCAGUUCCCUUUCCGAUUCGUUCUCCUUUCCCAUGCUUCCGUUCGGCCCCUUGAGGUGGUUGAUGUGUGCGGGCUGGGCGCGUCUGUGGAAAGGGAACCUCGUGGUGUGAGCUGAGGAAGCCGGAGGAAGGCAGCAGAAGCCUGCCUUCCCCUGCACUGGCCGCGCACUCGGCUGAUUGAGAGCUCCCUGGUUGUCAACAGAUACGUUCUCGUGGAGAGGUCUCGCGUGUGCCCUCCCGCCAUGGCACAGCUCCAGGCGCGUUUCUACACGGAGAACAAGAAAUAUUCAGUAGAUGAUGUUCCUUUCUCAAUCCCUGCCACCUCUGAAGUUGCUGACCUUAGUAACAUCAUCAAUAAAUUGCUGGAGACCAAAAAUGAGCUCCACAAAUAUGUCGAGUUCGAUUUCCUUAUCAAGGGCCAGUUUCUUCGAAUGCCCUUGGUCAAACACAUGGAACUGGAAAACAUUUCAUCGGAAGAGGUUGUGGAACUAGAAUACGUGGAGAAAUACACCGCGCCCCAGCCAGAGCAGUGCAUGUUCCAUGAUGACUGGAUCAGCUCGAUUGAAGGGGCAGAAGAGUGGAUCCUGUCUGGUUCUUACGAUAAGACAUCUCGGAUCUGGUCCUUGGAAGGAAAGUCAAUAAUGACUAUUGCAGGACAUACAGAUGUUGUGAAAGAUGUGGCUUGGGUGAAAAAAGACAAUUUGUCCUGCUUACUCCUGAGUGCCUCAAUGGACCAGACUGUCCUCUUAUGGGAAUGGAACGUGGAGAAGAACAAAGUCAAAGCUCUCCACUGCUGCAGAGGUCAUGCUGGGAGUGUGGACUCCAUAGCAGUCGACAGCUCAGGAACCAAAUUCUGCAGCGGCUCCUGGGAUAAGAUGCUGAAGAUCUGGUCUACAGUCCCUACAGAUGAAGAAGAUGAAGUAGAAGAAUCCACAAAUCGGCCAAGAAAGAAGCAAAAAACAGAGCAAUUGGGACUAACAAGGACUCCCUUGGUGACCCUCUCUGGCCACACAGAAGCAGUUUCCUCAGUACUUUGGUCAGAUGCUGAAGAAAUCUGCAGUGCGUCUUGGGAUCACACAAUUAGAGUGUGGGAUGUUGAAUCUGGUGGUCUUAAGUCAACUCUGACAGGAAAUAAAGUGUUUAAUUGUAUUUCCUAUUCUCCCCUUUGUAAACGUUUGGCAUCUGGAAGCACAGAUAGGCAUAUUAGACUGUGGGAUCCCCGAACUAAAGACGGGUCUUUGGUGUCACUGUCCCUCACCUCACACACAGGCUGGGUAACAUCAGUGAAGUGGUCUCCCACCCACGAACAGCAGCUCAUUUCAGGCUCUUUAGACAACAUUGUCAAGCUGUGGGAUACAAGAAGCUGUAAGGCUCCUCUCUAUGAUCUCGCUGCUCAUGAAGAUAAAGUUCUAAGUGUGGACUGGACUGACACAGGGCUACUUCUGAGUGGAGGAGCAGACAAUAAAUUGUAUUCCUACAGAUAUUCACCUACCACUUCCCAUGUAGGGGCUUGAAAAUGAAUGAUUGAUCAAAGACUGUCUUGUUGGG